CGUCAAUGUCUGUCCGUCCGUCGAGUGUUUUCAUCUCGCCAUGGAAACCGUUCCAUGAAAGAUGUACGUCUGCUGCGUUUUCACAUGCGAAAACACGUCGGAGACGAACCAGACGCACGACUUCCAUCAGUUCCCGCUGAAUUUCCAUCAGUGUCUGCGCUGGAUCCGAAACGUCGAACGACCCGACUUCGUCGAACAGUUCUCCUAUGCCGGUGCCCAACCGUUCAUCGGUAGAUACGUGUGUUCACGCCACUUUUGCGACAACGAUUAUGUUGAUUCUUCACGACCGCAUUUAGGUUUAAAACCUGACGCGGUUCCAGUCGUAUUUACAGACACCAAAAUUGAAGUAAAAAUCGACCCGGAUUUUCUAAACGAAAGUAUAUUAGAAUAUUCAGAAAAUUACCCAUCUAAAUUCAUAAAACAUGAAACAAACAAUAACGAUGGGAAAUCAGUGGAAUACCCAAUGCCAACAAAUAAUGUUAAUGUAUAUGAUUACAUGACCAAAAGAACUAACUGUCAUGUGAUUCCCCCAAGCAAUGAACUAUUACAGAGCAACGAAAAUCAAUUGAAAUUUAUGGAUGAACAUCGAUUACCAGAAUCGCAACAAAAGACGGAGCAGGGGAGAAAAAAGAACGCCUUAAGGGCAAGUUACAGACGUACACAAGAAACAACCGAACAAACUGUAGAACGACGUCGAAAAGAUAACGCUCGAGCUGCCCAAAGACGCAAAGGGGAAUCUCAUGAAGAAACCAAAAUCAGACGGAUGAAGAAUAUGGUACGCGCCUCGUUUCGUCGCAUGAAUGAGACGUCCCAACAAAGGGCUGAAAGGCUCAAAAAGGACUCCGUUCGGGCCGCUCAAAGACGCGAACGGGAAACGGAAGAGCAAACCAAAAUUAGGAGAUACAACGAUGCGGUGCGCGCCGCUUUUCGACGCAGCAACGAAACGGAAGAGCAAAAACAGCAACGGAGAGAAAAAGAUACGGUGAGAGCGGCGAAGAGACGGAGCGUAGAAUCACCGGAACAAAGAGAAGUGCGUCUAUUUAAAGACCGCGAAAGAGCCAUGCGACGUAGAAUGCUUAUGAAAAUCACCGGGAAUGUCGACCAACCUCAAUAUAUACCACCAUAGUUAUUAUAUCACCAAAACAAAAUCUAAUAGUAUUAGUACCUGUUAUUCUUUCUCUUAAAUUGUUGGUCACAGAGGAAAGCGCUUCCAAAAAUAUAGUCUGUGGUAUUCUUAACAAGAAUACAAACACAACAUUGUACCUGACACAAAAUUCUAUUACAAUUAAGAAUAAAAUCAAGUGAUAAUAUUUUAGAAUUGAAUAUUGUGACAAAAUGUGAAAUAAUAAAAUUAUAUUUAUUAA